AUGAAACUUGAUUAUAAGCUUUCCAAUAUAUUUGGUACUGUUUAUCGACAGGGAAAUAUCUUUUUUACUCCCGAAGGCACUGCUCUAUUAAGUCCUGUUGGAAAUCGUGUCAGUUUUUUUGACCUUGCCAAUAACAAAUCAUUUACAUUUCCUUAUGAACACCGCAAAAACAUUCAAUGCGUAGCUCUAAAUCCACAAGCUACGCUCUUAUUAUCAGUCGACGUUGACGGCCGAGCUAUUCUCGUCAACUUUGUUCGCCGUACAGUGAUUCAUCAUUUUAAUUUAAAAGAAAAUGUUCAUGACCUUAAGUUUUCACCCGAUGGAAAAUUCUUCGCUGUUGCAGCUGGUCGUGAAGUUCAAGUUUGGAAAACACCUGAUCAAACUGAAGAAAAGCAAUUUGCACCCUUUGUUCGACACAGAAUAUACACUGGACAUUACGCCGAAGUAACUACAAUCACUUGGUCUGAUGAUUCGCGGUUUUUCCUUGCCGGCUCUAAAGAUCUUACUACUCGCAUUUAUUCGUUAAACUCGGAAGAUAGUUCUGCUGCUGGAGUACUUGCAGGACAUAAGGAUUCCGUUAUUGCAUCUUUUUUUUCUGAGGAUCAAGAGACAAUUUUCACAGUUUCAAAAGAUGGAGCUAUUUUUGAAUGGAAGUAUUUGGGUGAAAGUGAUUUUGAAGAUGGUGAAAAAGAAGAAGAAGAGGAAGAGGAUAGUGACGAGGAAGAAGAAGAAGAAGAUCCUACCCGCCGAUGGCGAAUUGUUAAUAAAAACUUUUUCAACCAAAAUAACACGCAUGUUACAACUUGUGAUUUUCAUCCUGCAUCUAAUCUUUUAGUUGUUGGAUUUUCUAGUGGCUUGUUUGCAUUGUACGAACUCCCAGAUUUCACUAUGAUUCAAACACUUAGUAUUUCACAAAAUGCAAUCGAUUAUGUCACCAUCAACAAAACAGGAGAGUGGUUGGCUUUUGGGUCAUCUAAACUUGGCCAACUUUUAGUAUGGGAAUGGCAAUCUGAGUCCUACGUCAUUAAGCAGCAGGGUCAUUUUGACUCUUUAAAUUCUAUUGUUUAUUCGCCUGAUGGAUCUAAGAUUGUCACCGCUUCUGAUGACGGGAAAAUCAAAGUUUGGGAUGCAUACAGUGGAUUCAGUAUUGUCACAUUUACUGAACACACUUCAGGAAUCACUGCACUUGAGUUUUCCAAGCGAGGAAAUGUUUUGUUUUCAGCUUCGCUUGAUGGUUCUAUCCGAGCAUGGGAUUUGAUUAGAUACCGAAAUUUCAGAACCUUUACAGCACCUACAAGAAUACAAUUUUCAAGUUUAGCAGUUGACCCAAGUGGUGAAGUGGUUUGUGCUGGAUCAUUAGAUGAUUUCGAUAUUCAUUUAUGGUCUGUUCAGACGGGUCAGCUUUUAGACCGUUUACAGGGCCAUGAUGGUCCAGUUUCAGCACUUUCUUUUGGUAAUGAGGGUGGUUUAUUAGCAAGUACCAGUUGGGACAAAACUGUUCGUGUUUGGAGUAUUUUUGGAAGACAUACCCAUGUUGAGCCUUGGACUAUGACAUCUGAUGUUCUAUCUGUUGCUAUGCGUCCUGAUUCCAAACAAGUCGCAGUUUCUACUUUAGACGGCAACUUGUCUUUUUGGGAUAUUGAGCAGGGUAAACAGGUUGGUGAAGUAGAUGGCAAGUUUGAUGUUUCUGGAGGAAGAUAUACAACUGAUAAGUUCACUUCUGAGCACUCCAAGAGAUCAAAGUAUUUUACCACAUUAUGCUACAGUUCUGAUGGUACAACUAUUUUAGCUGGAGGCAAUAGCAAACAUAUUUGUCUUUAUGAUGUUUCAAAUGAGGUGCUGUUACGAAAGUACGUUGUGUCAAAAAAUAUGGCAUUGGAGGGUACACUUGACAUGCUUAACAGUAAAAAUAUGACUGAAGCUGGUCCUUUAGAUCUGAUCGACACUACUGGUGAGGCUUCUGAUUUGGAAGACAGAUUAGAUAUUUCUCUUCCAGGUGCAAGCCGGGGUGACUUAUCAGCACGCAAAAUGAGACCUGAGAUUCGGGUUGCCAGUAUUAGAUUUUCGCCAACAGGUCAAUCAUUUGGUGCUGCCUCUACUGAAGGGUUGCUCUUGUACUCCCAGGAUGAUUCCCUUUUAUUUGAUCCUUUAGAUCUUGAUAUUGAUGUGACCGUUAAGACAACAAUAAGCACUCUUGAAGAGAAGAAAUACUUGACAGCACUUAUCAUGUCAUUCAGACUAAACGAGCGAGCAGUUAUUCAGCGUGUUUACGAGAACAUUCCAGUUGGAGAAAUUAAUUUGAUUGCAAACGAGUUUCCUCGAGUUUACCUUGAACGAUUUUUCAAGUUUUUGGCAGGCGUUAUUGAAGACUCGCCUCAUGUGGAAUAUCAUCUUAUUUGGAUUAAGGCAUUAAUUAAUGCCCAUGGCUCUUUCAUGAUGACUAAAAAGCAUGUGUUUGCCAGUGUGAUUAGAUCUAUCAGUAAAUAUGUUCGCCGGAUCAACAAGGAUAUUAACAAAUUAUCCAGUGACAACAUAUACACCGUUCAAUUUUUGAUGGGGAAGAAUAGAAGAUAUGUUGAUGAUCUGCCACAAAAUUUUGGAUUACCAAAGUCAUCUGAAAAAGAUGAUUCUGAUGCUGAUAUGAAAGAUUCAGACUCGGAGAAAGAAAAUGAAAGUGAAGAAGAAAAUGAAGAAAAUAAUAGCGAUGAUGAAGAAGGUUGGUUUGGGCCUGAGUCAAAGAAUGAUAUUGCCUUUUCUUCGUUCCCUGAUGAUGAUGACGAGGACGAAGAUGAUGAAUAA